AUGGCGUUUGCGGGGGGGAGGGGGGGGGGAUCCCCUUUACCAGAGCCCUUUUUCCCUCACGCCCCCGCUACCUCCUCGGUGGAGAUCGGAGAGACUCGGGGGCUAGUGCAGCCGGGAGCGCAGGAGGCUGGGAGCCUGUCUCUGGAACCUGCCUUCGGGGAAGUGAACCAGCUCGGGGGGGUGUUUGUCAACGGGAGACCCCUGCCCAAUGCCAUCAGGCUGCGGAUUGUGGAACUGGCGCAACUGGGUAUCAGGCCGUGUGACAUCAGCCGGCAGCUCCGCGUUUCCCACGGCUGUGUCAGCAAAAUCCUGGCUCGCUACAACGAGACCGGCUCCAUCCUACCGGGGGCUAUCGGAGGCAGCAAGCCUCGGGUCACCACCCCGACGGUGGUAAAACAUAUCCGGACCUACAAACAAAGGGACCCGGGCAUCUUCGCCUGGGAGAUCCGGGAUCGCCUGCUGGCCGAUGGCGUGUGUGACAAGUACAACGUGCCGUCGGUCAGCUCCAUCAGCCGCAUCCUCCGGAACAAAAUCGGGAACCUGUCUCAGCAGAGUCACUACGAGUCCUACAAGCAGCACCAGCCGCCCCCACAGCCUGCUCUGCCCUACAACCACAUCUACUCCUACCCCAGCCCCAUCGCUGCUGCAGGAGCCAAGGUGCCCACCCCUCCCGGGGUGCCAGCGAUCCCCGGCACCAUGGCCAUGCCCAGGACGUGGCCGUCCUCCCACUCGGUGACGGACAUCCUGGGGAUCCGCUCCAUCACAGACCAAGGUGAGGAGGGGGGACCCGGGGCCGCAGCGGCAGCCAGGCAGGGCCGGAGUGUUUCGAGAAAUACUUUCCAAUGGUGUGUGUGGGUUAUCUCUGGUUUGGAGAGGAACUGUUUGGACUUUCAGGAGUCCAAACAGCUAAUGGCACCCAAUGGCCUCCCAGCUGUCAGCAGUUUCGUGUCAGCACCAGCCAUGCCUCCCUACGCCACACCAGCCCAAGUGUCACCUUACAUGACGUACAGUGCCGCCCCAUCUGGCUACAUGGCCAGCCACGGCUGGCAGCAUGCUGGAGGCACCCCGCUGUCCCCUCACAGCUGCGACAUCCCCGCCUCGCUGGCGUUCAAGGGCAUGCAGACGGCCAGGGAGGGCAGCCACUCGGUCACGGCCUCCGCGCUCUGA